UUAAAUGUCUACGUUGUUAGAAUUACCAUGUUUGUCUACUAUAUGUGGUAGUUCUCUUGCAGAGUGUGAAAUGCAAGAAAGUCGCGCAACAAAUCAAUUCAAUACAUGUUGUGUUUCGCGGAAAAAAAUGAUAUUGAAUUCAUUCCAGAACGAUCAGUGGAAAACAAAUGACAGGGUUUUCCGUAACCUCAACCAGUAUGAAAGCAAAACACGGAAGAUUAUGUCUCGUCCGAUUUCGUUCGUUACUGGCAAUGCCAAAAAACUGGAAGAAGUUCGGGCAAUUUUAGGAAGCAAGUUCCCUCGUGAAAUAAUUCCCGUCAAGCUAGACUUGCCAGAGCUACAAGGUGAAGUAGACGAUAUCUGCCGGAAGAAAUGUAUGGAGGCCGCCAGACGUGUCCAAGGACCGGUACUGGUGGAAGACACCUGUCUUUGCUUCAACGCUCUGAAAGGCUUACCAGGACCAUAUAUAAAAUGGUUUUUAGAUAAAUUACAACCGGAAGGAUUGCAUAAAUUGCUAGAUGGUUGGGAAGAUAAAUCCGCACAAGCUGUUUGUACAUUCGCUUACGCGCCAGAUGAAGAUGGGGAAGUUAUUCUUUUUCAAGGCUGCACUGAUGGAGACAUUGUAUUUCCUCGAGGUAGUCGCGAUUUUGGCUGGGAUCCAAUUUUUCAACCAAAAGGCUAUGGCAAAACGUAUGCUGAAUUACCAAAAGAGCGUAAGAAUGAGAUAUCUCAUAGAUUUAGAGCGUUGGAUAAAGUUAGAGACUAUUUCUAUUCGGAAUCACAAUAAAACAGUAAAAAUAAACUGAUAUCAAUGAGUGUCGAUCUAUUUCCAAAAGA